UAUAUAUAUUUCACGAUCAGCUAAUGCAGAUUCUGUGGCUACAAAUUGUCCUAAAAGCAUCUUUUUUCAAGUCUCUCCAGUCUUUCUAGCAUUUCCGGUUCUUUGCCUCUGAAUUCAAACCUUUUUUGAAUCAGAAAGCUGAAUACUUUGAUGGCUCUGAAUUUAGUUUCUCCGGCUGAAAUCAAGGCCACCCCCUUCUUGGGUUCCGCCAAGUCUACCUAUUUCCCCAAGCUUCCAGCUGGGUUUGCUUUAAAGAGGAAGGAUUGUAGAGCGGUAUAUGGGAGAAGAGUUUGUUGUUCUGCACAGCCACCUCCACCAGCAUGGCCAGGACGAGCUGUUCCAGAGCUUGGUCGUAAGACUUGGGAUGGUCCAAAGCCUAUCUCCAUUGUAGGAUCAACUGGGUCGAUCGGAACUCAGACAUUGGACAUAGUGGCAGAGAAUCCAGAUAAAUUCAGAAUUGUGGCACUUGCAGCUGGUUCAAAUGUAACUCUUCUUGCAGAUCAGGUGAAAACAUUCAAACCCCAAUUAGUUGCUGUAAGAAAUGAGUCCCUAGUUGAUGAACUCAAGGAGGCUUUGGCUGAUAUUGAACAAAAGCCUGAAAUUAUUCCUGGGGAGCAAGGAGUCAUAGAGGUCGCCCGCCACCCAGAUGCUGUCACUGUAGUUACAGGAAUAGUAGGUUGUGCAGGACUAAAGCCAACAGUUGCUGCAAUAGAAGCAGGGAAAGACAUAGCUUUGGCCAAUAAAGAGACUUUGAUUGCUGGAGGUCCUUUUGUCCUUCCUCUAGCUCAGAAGCAUAACAUAAAAAUUCUUCCUGCUGAUUCAGAACAUUCUGCCAUAUUUCAGUGUAUUCAAGGCUUGUCUGAGGGUGCACUUCGGCGCAUUAUUUUGACUGCGUCUGGUGGGGCUUUCAGGGAUUGGCCUGUUGAUAAACUGAAAGAAGUUAAAGUUGCCGAUGCCUUGAAGCAUCCUAACUGGAAUAUGGGGAAAAAGAUUACUGUGGACUCUGCUACCCUUUUCAAUAAGGGCCUUGAAGUCAUUGAAGCCCAUUAUCUGUUUGGAGCUGACUAUGAUGAUGUUGAAAUUGUGAUUCAUCCGCAAUCUAUUAUCCAUUCAAUGGUUGAAACACAGGACUCAUCUGUUCUGGCACAAUUGGGUUGGCCGGAUAUGCGCUUGCCCAUCCUCUACACAAUGUCGUGGCCAGACAGAAUCUAUUGUUCUGAAGUAACUUGGCCCCGCCUUGAUCUUUGCAAGCUUGGUUCGCUAACAUUUAAAGCCCCUGACAAUGUAAAAUACCCUUCUAUGGAUCUUGCAUAUGCUGCUGGACGUGCUGGUGGCACCAUGACUGGGGUUCUUAGUGCUGCAAAUGAGAAAGCUGUGGAGAUGUUUAUCGAUGAAAAAAUCGGCUAUCUAGAUAUAUUCAAGGUUGUGGAGCGAACAUGCGAGAAGCAUCGGGAGGAAUUGGUGGUUUCACCUUCCCUUGAGGAAAUUAUACAUUACGACUUGUGGGCAAGAAAAUAUGCUGCGAGUGUGCUUGAGUCUCCCAGUUUAAGACCCGUUCCUGCAUGAGUGAACAGCUAGCUCUUGAUGGCCUUGACAGAAUUGGCUUGAUUUGGGGGAGUGGUGAAGGUGUUGAAUUCCUGCAAGAAGUAGGCAUUUUGCCAAGGGUUUUGGCGGGGAGGGAGUUAACUGUAUCAUACAUUGGAUUUGGGUGGGAAGCCAAGCAAUUGUAUCAAACAUAAAAAUGAAAAUGGGUAAGUGAAGUCUGUGUUCCAAGAUAGGUUCGAAAUGUCUGAAUGGGUUCACCUUGCCAUUUGAGUCUCUGCUCAAGCGCUCAAAAAAAGAAAAAGGGUGAGCAUUUAUGUACUUAAAUUCAAAGAUAUCGAGGGGAAUCAAAUCUUAACAGGAUAAUGGAGUAAA